UGGUGAUUGUCAUGGCUGGAAUGGAAUAAAUGGAACGGAUGUGUUUGAUACGGUUACAAUCCGUCCUCCUGUAGCUCCUCUCACCAGCCUCAACUGAUUGACAUUAUCAUUGGUCUGUAGCGUGUAGUAAAUAACCCAUCCACAAGGUGAUGCUGUGGCGUUUGUUUGGGCUCGCCACCCGCUGACAAAAACGAAAAGACAACGCGGAAGUAAAACUUCGAGCGGGUUUGUUUUGUUCUUGCCCACCAUUCUUUCCUCGUGGACGAAGCCAUACUAGCUGAAUACCCAACUCUCCGUCGACAGAAACAUGUCUAAACUACAAUUGUUUCGUGUGUUUUUAAAUGAGCGUUUAACAGCGGCAGCUUUGGAGAUUUUCGGGGUAGUUGAAGAAACGGUAGCGGACUACCAGGAGGAGAAUGAUCGGCUACGGAGACUGCUGCGGGUCACACCGGAGAUAAAACGAUGCAGAAUAGACUACCUGCAGCUCUCUGUCUCUGAGGAGGGGGUUCUCCCUGAUCAGCAGCACUGUGAGCAGGAGUGGAGCCCCAGUCUGGGGCAGGAGAACCCAGAGCUUCCACAGAUUAAAGAGGAACAGGAGGAACUCAGGACCAGUCAGGAGGAAGACCAGCUUCAAGGGCUGGAGGCUGAUAUCAUAGAGUUCAAAUUCACUCCUUCCUGUGUGAAAAAUGAAUGUGAUCAGGAGGACCCACUUCAGUCCUUGACUCUUCCCCAAACCCAGACUGUGGAGAACAGAGAGAGUGAUCCUAAACAAGUGGUUCUCACACCUUUUGUUACUGUGACCCACCUUAAGGGUCUCAACAUUCCCUGUGACCCUCCAGAUAAUCAAAACAAUGCCUCCAGCCACAGCUCAGCCGUAAGCAGAAACCCAGUAGGACUUGACAGCAGCCCACCAUUGGAUCCCAGCCCAUCAUUGGAUCCAAACCCAUUGAUGGGGGAACACUGUUUCAAACCCAGCACCAUGUCUAGAAAAACUCACCACUGCCGUGACUGUGGUGAAAUGUUUGCUCUGAAAGCUGACCUGAAGAGUCAUGUGACUCUCGCCAUGCAGAGACCCAGCGAAUGCCGCGUCUGCAGAAAACACUACAACUCCAGCUGUAAACUGACGGCCCAUGUCCGACUCUGUCGCGGCAGGAAACCCUGCACCAGCCCUGUUUGUAGCAAGAACUUCAAACUCAAAGCAGAUCUGUCCAAGCACAUGAGGAUUCACACAGGGGAGAAAUCAUUUAGUUGUGGAGACUGUGGGAAGCGCUUCAAUCGCAAGGGGAACCUUACUGAUCAUAUUCCGAUUCACACAGGAGAGAAAGCAUUUAGCUGUGCUGACUGCGGAAAAAGAUUCAGUCAGAAGGGGACCCUACGGAAGCAUAGACUGACUCACACAGGAGAGAAACAAUUUAUCUGUGGAGACUGUGGGAAAAGCUUCUAUCAGAGAGGGGACCUAAGUAGGCAUAUACGGACUCACACAGGAGAGAAACUUUUUAUAUGUGGUGACUGUGGGAAAAGCUUCAAUUUGAAGGGGAACCUAAAGAAGCAUGAACUGACUCACACAGAAGAUAAACCAUUUAGCUGUGCUGACUGUGGGAAACGUUUCAAUCACAAGUCUAACUUACUGACGCAUGUUAAAAACAUCCACAAAGGAGGAAAACAGGAGGAAAUGUUAAGGAACUGUUUAGUCACAAGAUUAGAAUAAAAAGGCAGGAUGUGGACAAUACUCUGAGUACACGCUCAUAGACUCACAUCUAUUGGUUGGUGGAGGACAGCAUGAUGAUACCUCUCCUAGGGACCUGCUCUCCAUGCUUCAGGAUUAAAGUUCCUCUGGUCUCUGAUCUAUUCUAUUGGUAACCUGCUGUUUCUCUCCACAGUGCUCUGCUACUCUCUGGUCUAGUUACUUUACAUCUGUCUGGAGGGAGAGAGAGAGAGAGGUCACAGAAUGAGGUUUCUAGUCUCAACACUCUCCAAGGCUUUUUAGAGGAAAAUACCUUUUUAGAAGAAAAUACCUCUAACAGUGUCACAGCUAACCCGUUUGUAAAAUGUAUGCCCUUUGGAUAAAAUCUCCUGCUAAAUGGCAUAUACAAUGGAGUCUGAACUGAUUGACGUCCUUGAUAAAUAUGAGCAAUCAUGACUGUAUAAAAUAAAUCAUUCAAAUGCUGAGCUAUUUUGUAUGCUUAAAAAAAAUGGGAAAGUAUAUUAUUUUAAAUGAAUAUAAAUGCUCAUAGAAAUAUAUUUUUUCCCUCAAAAGAGUGGUGGUAAACAUUGACACCCCUGAAGAUUGUAAUAAAUAAAGUAGAUGAAAUACGAAAUCGAGCCUGUGACUCUAUGAACUCUACAAAAGUUUGUUUUCGUUUCAGAUUAUUUUGUGCCCAGUAGAAAUGAAUGGUAAAUAAUGUUGUCAUUUUGGAGUCCGUUUUAUUGCAAUAAGAAUACCUUUUGGGGGAAAAUUGUAUAAAAUAAUACCUUAUAGCUCAGUAUUUGAAUGAUUUAUUUUAUACAUUAUUGCUAAUCUUUAUCAAAGAUAAUUUGAUAAUCAAUUAUUGUAGAUCCCACUGUAUUAUGAACUCAGUGGCGACACUUCUGCUUUCCUACCACUAGAUGGCACUGUUUAAGAUGUCUCCCCACUAGAUUGCCCUGUUUAAGAUGUGACUGCAGUAUCUCAGUAUAUCAAACCUUACUAAACACAUUGUAUUACAACCAAACAAGCUCAUGCUAAACUGAACCAGACAUGACUGACCUGGACUGACCCUGGGAAUGAGGGGAGAUGUUGUAGAUGUUGUGUACUGUGGGGUCAGAGGUGACUGUAAAUCAGGAUUAGGUUCACAACACCAGGAGAGUCAAAGUAAACAGGUGUGUGUUAUCCAGAUUGACCACAAUGUGGAGGAGUGGGACUUUCACUGUAUGCAUUAGUCUACUACAAUAGAAAGAGGUGUAGAUGAGGUAUCUGCUUAAAUGCUCCCAGAAAGAGGACAUCUUUUGUCUUGCACAACAGGACAUUAUAGAGAGAGAGUCACAACACUCUCCUGUUUCUCUCUACUAGAUCUAAACUCUAGGAAAAAAGAAACAUCCCUUUUUCAGGACUCUGUCAUUCAAAGAUAAUUCAGAAAAGUCCAAAUAACUUCACAGAUCUUCAUUGUAACGGGUUUUUAACACUUUUUUUGCUGAGUUUAGUAUCCUGUGGAAUGAAACAGAAGUCAGUGUUCUGGGAACAGUAUUUUUUCUCCUCUCUCUCUAGGCCGUCCUGUCCUGUGCAUGAGUGUGACUGUCUUGGGGGGAAAAGUCAAUAAUUCCUUUUGAAAGGUAAUGUGAAAAAAGCUAGCCAAAAUCAAGGUGGACAGUUCAGGAAUUCUUAAGUCGGAACAAUCCUUGUUCAGCAGGAAACAUUAUUUUUAUAGUUGAAAAAAAUAGAUUUUGUUGCAUUAUUUGAGUAAAACAAUGUAGGGGAAUUUGAUCAUAUUUGUAGUAUUAUUAAUUUCCAUGUCUGUACUUUGCUCUUGUCUGGAGUAAAUGAUCCCAAAUUCAAACCCUCAAAGUGUUUUAAAAUUCUAAAAACAAACAAUAAUAAAUGUUAACUAAAAGUAUCAUAUAUAGAUCCUUGUAAUAAUCCUGUCUGACUUGAAAUAAUAUUUAUCUCAAAACUGUGAUUCCUAAAAAACGUGUCCGGAGAUUAGGUCAACUCAUUCAGAUUUGUCUAAAAUGAAUAAAUGAAUCAGGAAUGAGCAAGGA